AUGGGCGUCGGCAAUUUCAAAAAGCCCAGACGCCGAUUCGAAGCGAGCGAGCGGCGCGCUCGGGACGCAACCGUUCAGCUCAAGCUGGACCGCAAACUCAAGCAGGAGCACGGCCAGGACGUGGACCAGGACGUGGACGUGGAUUUGAGCCUGGAUUCGAGCCAGGACUUGAGCCAGGACUUGAGCCAGGAGUCCGGCGGCCAACACCACAGCCAAGAUCCCAGCGCUAAUGCCGAUCCCGCGACUGAGUCCCAGCCCAUCUCCCUCUCGGAAUUCGACAAAGUCCUGGGCACUUCCUACGCCACAUGCGGCCGUAUCGCUCUAGAGAUGGGGCUCCACCAGUCAGCCGUGGCCAACUUCGCCAGGGCUCUGGAAAAGUCCCCGCACGACGCUGGCCUCUUGGUCGAUUUCGCCAAAGCCCUCGGGGCAGAAUCCAACCAGGAGAAAAUAGUCGUGUCCACGCUCAUCGACGCACUCCAACACAGCCAGGACUUUUCCGACCAUCGUAUCUGGGCCCAGCUCGCCCAGUCAUACUUCAUUCUCCAGAAACCCGAAGACGCCUUUCAAAGCGUGUCGCGAGCCAUCGCCGCACAAGAGGUCCGUGUGGUCAAGGACCCGGAUCUGUGGGUCCUUCAAAGCCGUAUUCUUCUGCUCUGGAUGGACUCCGACGGCAAGAUGGGGCUCGAUACACUCACCCCGUAUUUCCAAGGGGCCGUUAAAAUGGCCAUCAACUCCAAAGACGUGAGAAACGAACUUCAGGCAAGAGUUUCUCUCGCACAGCUUUACCAUAGGUUUGCAUGCUAUUCCAAGUCCCAAGCAGAAGUAGCGCAUGCCCUCACACUCGUGCAGAACAAUCCCAUGUUCGAACUUCCCAAACCUGCAGCGGUCAAUACGCUGUGCUAUCUCUACAAUUUCAUGUGCAUUAUCCAAUUCAAAUUGAACCAAAAGACUAACGCUUACGGUCUACUUCACGAAGCAAUGAGCAUACUUCCGCAGGUUUCGGGAACUGCUCGUUUAUUGGCCACGCGGGCUCAGUUCCAUAUGAUUGAUGGCGAUCUUACGAGCCUAAAAACAUUGCUACCGGCAUUGUUGAUUGAAAAGAAUGCUCUUUCCGAACACGAUAGAAAUCGGCUUUACGUCUUUAACUGGUUACUUGGCAGAAUCUUCGACAUGCUUGAUGAUACCAAGCAAAGUUAUGACUUUUAUCAAUGUGCGGUCAAUUCUAAACCUCAAUCUGCCUCUCUUUGGAUAGGAAUUGGAUCCCUUUAUCUGCGUAUGCGUCAAUUUGAAGACGCCCACAUUGCAUUCUCUCACGCAUUAAAUAACGCCUCCAAGCUUGAAAAUUUUGAACAUCCGUUCUUACUCAGAUUCAAUCGUUUAUUUGCCGCAUUCGCUUGGGUUGGUCUAUCUCAAGUGUUUGUGGCAACCUAUCGGAAACAAAAUGCUUUGGAUGCUUUACGACAAGCUUCGGUACUAUUUACUUCCGAAGGCGAUGUCAUUCAUGCAAGCCAAGUUGAUCAAAUUUUCAACGACGUACUCGCCUCUACCAACCAAAAUCCUAUUUACAUCAUUAUGAAUGUGCCGCCCCAAAUCCUACUCGAGCUUUUUCUCUACUAUGAUGCAGGUAUAUUUUCUUCCAAUCUGCGGCCUCCGGAAGUAUCAAAGAUGCCUUCGUGUGAGCCUGCUACGCAAAUGAUGCCUGCCAUGGUUCAACACCCACCGAUUGCUUCCGCUUUGGCGUACUCUCCUUUACCAUUAGCGCCAAAUCACCUGCCUUCACGCGUAUUCCAGGAACUCAACCAAAGGUACAUGACUCCACCUAACACUUAUUUUGCAUCUCAACCACACCUUUCGCCUCAUAAAUUUGAUUUGAUUGCACCAGUUAAUAACCAUAAUACAACAGUAGCUCGCGACUACAAGUUUAGAAAUACUUCGCUUCAAAAGCGUUCAGUGUCCUAA